CCGCAAACAUCAAACUUUUGUUGAAAAAUAAAUAAAUAUCUCAAGCAGUUACAAACUUUACGUGAAAGUACUUUUGAAAUCCACUUUUUAAGCCACUAAAAUUAGAUUAACGUUUCCAAAAUGUCGAAGAUGGAAGAUUUAGUUUUCAAUCUAAAAUUUACAGUCAAACAGCUAGAAAGAAUGUCCAAAAAGUCUGAGAAAGAACAAAAAGUGCAGGAAGCCAAAAUCAAAAAGGCAUUGCAGACAAAGAAUGUAGAAACAGCCCAGGUUUACGCUGAGAAUGCGAUCAGGAAAAAGAACGAGGGACUGAAUUAUUUAAGAAUGGCUGCCAGAGUCGAUGCCGUUACCUCCAAAGUUCAAAGUGCUAUGACCAUGAAAGAUGUCACCAAGAAGAUGGGCGAGGUCACGAAAGGGUUAGACAGAGCACUGGCCUCUAUGAAUCUAGAACAGGUCUCGAAAAUAAUGGAAAAGUUUGAGCAGCAGUUUCAAGAUUUGGAUGUCAGGACAUCAACAGUAGAAGACGCCAUGGGGACUGCCACGACUCUGAGCACCCCCCAAGACCAGGUGGAGGCACUAAUUAGGCAGGUGGCUGCCGAAAAUGACCUCGAGAUAUCGGAAAAACUGGCCGAGUUACAACCGCACACCUCGACUAUCAAGUCUGCAGAUAGGGAGAGGGAAGAUCAGUUGGAAAAGAGACUUGCUGCCUUGCGAAAUUGAAGGAAUAAACAGUUCACAGCGUCAUCGUCAUAAUUAUUAUUACUUUUGUUACUAUUAUCAUUAUCUUAUUAUUAUUAAUUAUAUUAUUAAUAAUUAUUAUUUAUUUUCAACAUCAUCUCAGCCAUUAAUUCUAUUGCCAAGUAUCCAUUGAUUUUAAUGUCUGCAUUGUCUUUUAUAUGUAUAUAUAUAUAUUACAAUUAUGGUUAUUAUUAUGAUUACUAUUUAAGUUGCUUUUUUGAUUAUUAUUAUUAUUAUUAUUUGUUUAUCGUCACCAGAAAGUUUCGAUUUGCCAUUAAAUACAUUAUUCGUCUUCGUCGGUUGUAUAUAUUCUGUAAAUUUGGGCAAAACAACUAUGAUAUAUAGUACGAAUAUGUAUAUGUGUGCGUGUUAUUAAUUUCCUUCCAACUUUUAACUUUUCAAAUCAUUCAUUUGCGAUCGAGGCUGGUCACUAUGCAACAGCAAGACCAGACGCCUUAACCAUCGAGCCAUGUUGUAGCCGCUCGUUUGAAUGGAGUAACAUACUUCUUCCGAAUAUGGACUAUGAAUUAUUUGUUAAUCUGUCUGGCUAGUUCUGAUGUAAGAAAUAUUCGUUUCAUAGAUGAAUUGUCACCUAAAAGUUUAAUUUAAAAACUUAAAUUACGUUAAUUCUAGAAUCACUUUUCUAGUUUAUAGAAUAUUUCGUUAAUAAGACAGGCUCAAUGCUCUCAUUUCUUGAUUUUUAUCUUUUUAUUAGGAUAUAACACCUAUUUUCGGUUGAUUUAUAUUUUAAUUUAUUUAAAUUAAAACACGGAUUUACACUUGAAUAAAUCUCUUUUCUUGACGACUUCCA